GUUGGAAGUGGAGGCUGCACCUUUUUGUCUCAACUAAUGGAGAGGUGAUUACAGUGGCAGCAAGACCAGAUCCUCCAUCGGAACCCCGGCUCCAGCCUCCUGUUGGAAAAAAAAGAGUGGCUGUAUUAAGCUCAGGCUGUCGUGUUAACGGAGGCUACGGGAGCUACGGUCGGACUGGUGCACGGGGGGUGGCCGCAAAGCAACUUGUCAAAGUACGGGUGCUUGCCUGUGCUGGUAAGGCAGCUCGGUGACCAAUUCCGAGGGGGGGUUGAGGAAGUAAGAAGACCUCCGAUGGAGCCGGAGCACAAGCAAAGGAUAUCGGUAGUCGCCUCCCCGCUGAGGGCGGCCUGCCGCAUCCGCCACAAGUAUCUCGUUCUGAAGAAGAGGCGGGUCAGUGCCGAGCAGCGGGAGGCCAGGGACGGGGAGAGGCCGGGGGCGGCGGGCGAGAGCAGGCUACCGGGCAAGAGCCAGGAGCCCCCCGGCUGCGGAGUCAGGAGCAGGGCCAAGGCGGCCGAGUAUUUCACCUUCGAGAAGGUCCCCGUCAAGUCCUCGCGGAGGCGCCGCUCGAACAAGAAGUGCAAAGUGCUCUACCCAAACGGUGGCAGGAAGUACCUGCCUGAAGAAAAGAAAAGCAAGGCGAAGAACUGCCUCUUACUGCUGAGCAUCAUCGUCUUCUUCCAAAUAUACAACGCCAUCGAGAAUCUAGAUGAUAAUGUGCUCAAGUACGACUUGAUGGGGCUGGAGAAAACACUGAAGCGGGAGGUCUUUGGCCAGACAGUUGCCAUUGACAGUGUGAUGGAUCUGCUGAAGGACUACCUGGCCACUCACAUCCACAACAAGCCCCUGGUCCUGUCUCUCAACGGCCCCAUCGGUGUUGGGAAGAGCCUGGUGGGGCGACUGCUGGCCAAGCACUUCCGCUCGGUGCUGAGCGAUGACCUGGUGUACCAGUAUUUCGUGCUGCACCACUGCCCGGCCGAGGACAACGUCACCAGCUGCCAGCAGGAGCUGGCGCUCGGCAUCUCCCAGAUGGUGAACCGGGCCGAGGAGGAGGAGAAGAUCCCCGUGCUCAUCUUUGACGAGGUGGAGUUCAUGCAGCCGGCCCUCUUGGACAUCCUGCACGGCUACUUCCAGUCCAACCAGACCAACGAGUUCCUCAAUGUGGUGUACAUCUUAAUCAGCAACUACGGCCAGGGCGAGAUCACCAAGUUCAUUCUCCACAACGCUUCCAGCGGAGUGGCGAGGCAGCUGGCCAAAUCCGAGGACCUCCUGUUUAGCGUCCAGUCCUUGCUGGUAGAAAUCCACCCACUGUGGAAUCACGCCAACAUCGUCCCGUUCUCCUUGCUGGAGAGGGACCACAUUUUGGAGUGUUUUUUAGAAAAGAUGAUGACAGAAGGGUACUACCCAGACACGGCCCACCUGGACAAGCUGUCCAGCGAGCUGAAUUAUUACUCUGUUGGAGAGCACCAGUACUCUGUAAACGGCUGCAAGCAUGUAGACGCCAAAGUAAACUUGUUGCACUGACGGCCAAGUCUGAUGCUCAACAAUAACAUGCAGUCUGUCAGGGAUCAGUGAAAACACCACGUGUCACUGGGUCAGUCUGUGAGAACAUUCAGUCUGUUCUCUCUGGUCACCCCGUGUGUACAUUUACUGGGAGAAAUGGUCGACGGGGCAGAGGGUUUGGUUACUCGCUCUCUGCAGCAGUUCUGACCGGACUACGCAAUGGACUUUGAUUAUCUCUGUGGGAAGGGCGGGACAGUCUGCGAGGUUUCUGUCCACUGUAAAAUUUCUGUCAAGGAAAAUAUUUGAUGAUACUAAAAUGAAGUAACCAUUUCAAAAACAAAGUGAGUGGAUGUGAAUAUUGUGCCUCAGACCAGUGUCUGUACUGGGUCUGUACUGAACUCUACACCGUGUCUGGUCUGGUGUUAG